UUUGGCAUGUUAACCAGCUGUUAAAGACACAAGAGCAGAGCUGGUUGUCAAGGUAUAACACUGUAAACACACUGGCUGCCUACAAUACCUCUGCAGGGGAUUUUUUUUUUUAAGCUGAAGAGUUUAAAAGAUCCAGAGGAGUGCUGCAGCAUUGCACAAGACCAGAGGCGAUACUCGGGUUGUGCAUUCUCCUGCACAACACAGCUUCUCUGCUAGAGAGCCUUUUACCCUUUCUCACACGCACUUGUGAACUACAAUGAGUCAUCUGACAUGAGUCAAUUCUGCCUUCUCUUAAUUGGCAAACAGUGUAACUCUUCUUAAAGAUGGUAUAGGAUGUUUUUAUAAACCUGUCCUUUGGCUAUGGCUGCAGUUCUGGAUGCCAAACCGAUCUUUUCACUGCAGCAAUGAAGAUCUAAGGGUCUUAAGCAUCUAAAGACUUUCUUCCCCGCUUCCGCAAACCACAUCUCCUGGAAGCAAACUCUUAUCCUCUUCAGACAAUGCAGCCGCAGAAAUGGUUAGGAUUUCUUUCCUUCACUUUCUAUUUGUGGGCAGAUGUGUUCCUGUUUCUCCUUCAAGAUUGCCUAGCAUGUAAAUCUGAAGAAAGGCUGUUUCAAAAACUCUUCUCCCACUACAACCAUUAUAUCAGACCAGUGGAAAAUGUCUCCGACCCGGUUACGGUGUAUUUCGAAUUGGCAAUUACACAGCUUUCAAAUGUGGAUGAAGUCAACCAGAUUAUGGAAACCAAUUUAUGGCUACGACACAUAUGGAACGACUAUAAACUGCAGUGGAAUCCAGCAGAAUAUGAAGGGAUCGAGUUUGUCCGAGUGCCGGCAGAUAAAAUCUGGAGACCUGAUAUUGUGUUAUACAACAAUGCCGUUGGAGAUUUUCAAGUGGAAAGCAGAACCAAAGCUCUUCUCAAAUACGAUGGCACAAUCACUUGGACGCCCCCUGCCAUCUUUAAAAGCUCCUGUCCCAUGGAUAUCACCUUCUUCCCCUUUGAUCACCAGAACUGCUCUCUGAAAUUUGGGUCAUGGACCUAUGAUAAAGCUAAAAUUGACCUUCUCCUUAUUGGUUCCAAAGUGGAUAUGAAUGACUUCUGGGAGAACAGUGAGUGGGAAAUAGUGGAUGCUUCUGGCUACAAACACGAUAUCAAAUACAACUGCUGCGAAGAAAUCUACACUGAUAUAACCUACUCGUUUUAUAUCCGAAGGCUUCCCAUGUUUUACACGAUUAAUCUGAUCAUCCCUUGUCUGUUUCUUUCAUUCCUGACUGUGCUGGUCUUUUACCUUCCUUCUGACUGUGGGGAGAAAGUGACUCUGUGUAUCUCCAUCCUGCUUUCUCUAACAGUGUUCCUGCUGGUAAUCACAGAGACAAUCCCCUCUACUUCUCUGGUAAUCCCACUAGUGGGGGAAUACCUGCUGUUCACCAUGAUAUUUGUGACACUCUCUAUUGUUGUCACUGUGUUUGUGCUGAACAUCCACUACCGGACUCCCACAACGCACACGAUGCCCCCGUGGGUCAAAGCUUUCUUUCUCCGUCUUCUUCCCAAAUUUCUAAUGAUGAAAAGACCCCUGCAGAAGCGGGUUGAAGCCAAAGCUAAAAAACCCAAAAAGGGCAGUAGCAGUAAAUCUAGCAAGCCAAAGGCCAGCGAGUGUGGAGAAGAGAAAGUCCCCAAUGAACACAAGUGCUGUCACUGUGACAAACCCAAUGAAUCCACCACUGGCAAGAAAAGUAAACCAAGCCACCAGUCUGCAAAACGGGCAGCUGAACAAGGGGAAUACCCCCCAGAAAUCAAUGAAGUGAUUACCAGUGUACAGUUCAUUGCUGACAACAUGAGGAGUCAGAAUGAGACCAAAGAGGUGGAAGAUGACUGGAAAUACGUAGCCAUGGUGAUUGACAGAGUAUUCUUGUGGGUGUUCAUAAUUCUCUGUGUGUUUGGGACCGCAGGAUUGUUCCUACAGCCCUUGAUAGCAGACACAUAAUAAGCGGACAGUUCAAGUAGUUCUUUUGUUUGAUCACGUCAAGUUCCACCUGCAUCCUCACCAUUGUUCAACAUCAUAUUUGAUGUACCGUAAAUAGAAUGCCAUCUUCAGCUCAAGGCAGAAGAGCAGAAUUUCCUUCCUCCUCUACACAAAGUGUUUAAGCCAAUAGUUUCAUUCGUUCCAUCUUCAGGGAAACCUUACUGCAUUGCCUGAUCAGCUGAGGAAGGUGGAUUUAAAAAGAUUACCUAAAAAUACAUAGAUGUCUAUGUAGUAGUACUUUCCUUAGAAGAAGCGAGGGGAGGAUCCUACGUGGUAUUUAGUUUCUGGAUGAUUUGAAAAGAGUGUUUUUGUUUUCAAAUGUUCCUCAUGGGGCUGGUUUUUGGAGGGGAGAAGAGUGUUGGGGAGAAGGAUCUUCACCCUUUCCUCGAUUGUUUUUCCACACAAAAACCCAAAACAAAACAAAAACGCCACCCUAUCAUGAAAGCAAGCCUGGGAGAGCCACGCUUGUUUCAGUAAACAUCUGGGUCCUUUUCUCCAAUAACUCCAA